AAUUGUACCAGCCAGUAAAUAAUACGAACACUAGAAGUCCAUUGGUUUCUACUUAAAAAAGGUAAUCAAACUGCUGCAGCAGCAGCAGCGACACGCCAAAACCUUGCGCAUUCCUUAAGCCGACCGAACACUAUAAAUUGCCGCGAAAACGUUGGUGGCAGCACUGCAUCCUCAACUCCUUCCUCAUCAAAGUUUAAUCGUCUUGCAGCAAGCACGUACAACUCAUUACACACCCUGUUCUCUGCACUCAACUCGGCUCAUCAUGCUCAACCUUUACCCGAGGCUCUCGGCGAGCUCCCGCUACAGCGACGCCGACGUCGACGCCGACGGAAACGACGACGUCGCCAGGUACCGCGCCUUCUACGGCAUCGCCGUCGCCUGCGUGGCCAUCCUCCUCUUCUGCGUGCUCGGCGUCACCGUCGGCGCCUGGAUGGCCGGCGCCUUCGCGGCCGCGGUCGCGUCGCUGCUGGUCAUCCUCGGCUGCUUCGCGCCCAGGACAUCAUGGGUUCGCCGUCGGACGGGGAGGCCGGUGAGUCCCAUGCUUGCUCUCACGGCUAGGUCAGCCGGGCGGCCGCGAGCACCCGGCCGGUGCUCGCGCGCGCACGUGGCGGACGCGCCGCCGGCGUUCGCGUACGUGUGCCCGCUGGAGGCAGGCGACAGCGACGGCGAGCUGGCGGCCCUAAGCUGCGUGAUGUGUCCGGUCUGCCUGGAGGACAUCCACGGCGGCGAGAUGGUGCGGCAGCUGCCAGCGUGCAGGCACUUGUUCCACGUGGAGUGCAUAGACAUGUGGCUGGACUCGCACAGGACGUGCCCAAUGUGCCGGUGCGUGAUCUCGGCGCCGCCGACGGUGACAGCGAAAGCCUCGGAGCCGGAAGAGGCGCCGCAGUCGUCGGAUGAGGCGUUGCCACCGGUGUAGUUCCUUUUUGCUGCUGAAACUUGCGCGCAGCAGCGGAAUGUAUAUAGGGCAGUGAUCUGCGCCGGCGCGCCGGCCCAUCUGUUGGGCCGGUCGAGCGCCAGCCGUCCGAUCUGGCCUCCAGAAGUCGUCCGAUCUGGCCUCUCUCACCUCGAUUUGCCUUCUUCGUCCUAGUCAACGCUUUCCAGAAAAAAAAAUCCCGCGCCUCUGCUCCCAUGCAACUCCGCCUCCGGGGUACAGCGGGUGGAGAUUGCACGAGUAGCUCUCCCCGUGCAGCGCUACCUCCUCCCCAGCGGUCGUAGUGGAGACACCGCCUGAGCUCGCUGUAACUCGUCGGCGGUCACCGUCCCAUCUCCCGUUGCAACUUUUUCGGAUGCAGCUCCGCCCGCUAGCCGGUUCCAGCUCAGCCAAAUGCAGCAAUUGUACACAUCGGCCGACGGGGACAAAACAAGUUGAAUGGCAACUCCUUCGCCGUUGGUCACCAUGUCCAGCUCGCCGCCGUCGACUUGUAUCACCGUGCUACAUCAAACAAAAUUUUCAGUAAAUGGUUGAAGCAAAAAUAGAAGUCGGUUCCAGCAAAAUUUAACGCUGGAUCCAGCACAACAAAAUUCAGCAAUAAGAAGUCCAGUAGUUGUUGAAGCAAAAAAUAUAGCCAAUUCCAGCAAAACAUUAUGCCGCUUCCAGCAAAAUCACCGUCUCCGGCUUGCCGCCGUCGUCGGCUUGCACUUCCGUGCUCCAGCAAACAAAAGUCCAGUAGAUGGAUGCAGCAAAAAAGAAGCCGGUUCCAGCAAAAAUUAACAUCGCAUCCAGCAAAACAAAAUUCAUCAACAAAAAUCAUCAUAGUCUAUGCAGCAAAUUCAGAUGCUAGUUCCAGAAAAAAUCAACAGAGGUUCCAGCAAAAAUUGAUGUGGCGAAAAAUCAUGAAGGAGACGGCGCCACCCUCCUCUAAAUUUGCAGCAAAAUCAAAAGAAGGUUCCGACAGAAAUAGAAGUGGUUCUAGCAAAAAUCAAACACAGGUUUCAGCAAAAAUUUGAUGUAGCAAAAAAAACAUGGCCACGACGGCGCCCCAAUCUUCUCAAUUUGAUGCAGCAGCCAUGGCCGCUGGUUCCAGCACCGCAACCCACCGGUACCAGCUCAGCCAUGCCAUAGUUGCAGCAACGCGGGUCGGCGUCCGCGGGGGCGCAUCUCGUCGUCGAACUGGUCGGACAUGGCUGCAGGGUAACAACACGGGGAAAGAAAAGGAGAAGGAGCUUCAUGCAGUGGUGGUGGCGCUGGUGUUGCGGCUGCUGCCCCCGCCCCGCUGUGAGGAGGAGCGCAGCAUCUGGUGGAUCUGAGAAAAAAGAAGAGGGAUAGGAGAAGCGGCGACCUCAACGAGAAGAAUGAAAAAAAAA